UGGAAGAUGAGUGAACAGUUCUGUCACAGAUGAGCUGGCCCCUCUACUCAGCUGUCAGCCUGUGUCUAGGGGACCUUAGAAUCUGAGAUCAAGAGACUUUACCACAAUCAUCUCCUUUGCAGAGGAGUUGAGAUCACCAGGACUCAUCUCUCAUUGCAGACCCUUUGCUGCUACCUGACAGGUGGCCCCACUGCGGAGGAGAUGGUGGAUUUCCCAGUCUCCUUGGACUCCUCCCAGCCAGUGCCUCUGCCCAGCAGCCUCGUCUUCCUCACUGGCCUUCUCCUUCUCCUCUGGCCUGGGGAGCUGAACUCAGAGGCGCUCAACGAGGAGGUCAAGGUGGUAGGCCCUGAGGAAUCCAUCCUGGCGCUCGUCGGGGAGGAGGUGGAGUUCCUGUGCCAACUGUCGCCGUACCUGGACGCCGAGCACAUGGAGAUCCGCUGGUUCCGGAGCCACGCCUCCGACGUGGUUCACCUGUACCAGGAGGGGCAGGAGCUCCAUGGGCAGCAGAUGGCGCACUUCCUGAAUAGGACCCAACUCGUCAGGGACGACAUAACGGACGGCAGCGUGACCCUGCAGCUCCGCGGCGUCCUCCCAGCCGACGCGGGCCCGUAUGGGUGCAGGUUCCUCUCCAGCACCUUCUCUGGGGAAGCGAUCUGGCAGCUGGAGGUAGCAGGGCUGGGCUCGGACCCUCACAUCUCUCUUGAGGGCUUCAAGGAGGGAGGCAUUCAGCUGAGGUGCAGCUCCAGUGGCUGGUACCCCAAGCCCCAGGCUCAGUGGAGAGACCAUCAGGGAAAGUGCCUGCCUCCAGAGACUGAAGCCAUCAUCCAGGACACCCAGGGCCUGUUCAGUGUGGAAACAUCUGUGGUCGUCUUGGAGGGAGCCCACAGCAACGUGUCCUGCUCCAUCCAGAACCCCUUCCUGGUCCAGAAGAAAGAGUUCGUGAUCCAGAUAGCAGACGUGUUUUUACCCGGAAGCUCCCCAUGGAAGAGAGCUUUCCUCGGGACUCUGAUGGCGCUGCCGCUCCUCCUGGCUCUGCCCUCGGCGCUCGCGCUGUGGCUCUUUCAGAAGCAGCGGAGGCGCCAAGAAAAGCUGAAGCAGGAGGCAGAGAAAGACAAAGGGAAACUCACAGCAGAGCUGGAGAAGCUUCAGACGGAGCUUGACUGGAGAAGGGCCGAAGGCCAGGCCGAGUGGAGAGCAGCCCAACAAUAUGCAGUGGACGUGACUCUGGAUCCGGCCUCCGCGCACCCCAGCCUGGAGGUCUCCGAGGAUGGCAAGAGCGUGUCCUCCCGCGCAGCGGCCCGCGGCCUGGCGCCAGGCGAUCCGCAGCGGUUCUCGGAGCAGACGUGCGUGCUGAGCCGCGAGCGCUUCGCCGCCGGCCGCCACUACUGGGAGGUGCACGUGGGCCGGCGCAGCCGCUGGUUCCUCGGGGCGUGCCUGGCCUCGGUGCCGCGCGCGGGGCCGGCGCGCCUGAGUCCGGCCAGCGGCUACUGGGUGAUGGGGCUGUGGAACGGCUGCGAGUACUUCGUCCUGGACCCGCACCGCGUCGCGCUCGCCCUGCGCGUGCCGCCCCGGCGCGUGGGUGUCUUCCUGGACUGCGAGGCGGGACGGCUGUCCUUCUUCAACGUAUCCGACAGCUCCCACAUCUUCACCUUCACUGACACCUUCUCCGGGUCGCUCUGCGCCUAUUUCAGGCCCAGAGCCCAUGACGGCAGUGAACAUCCGGAUCCGCUCACCAUCUGCCCAUUGCCCGUUAGAGGGACAUGUGUCCCCGAAGAGGACGACAGUGACACCUGGUUGCAGCCCUUUGAGCCCUCAGACACUGCCGUGGGCCUGUGGUGAAGCGCAGGACUGGGUCCUGGGCAGCUUCCUGGACACCUGGCAAGCGCUUUGCUCUCCCUCUUUCUCUAGAGUGAAUCAGUGCACGGCCUGAGCGCCCACCCCAAAAUGUCAGCAAAAGCUAAAGACUCAGCGCAGCAGAAGGGGACGGAGAGAGGAACCUUUGGCUAUGUCGACGCGCGCGCGUGGAAAUAUGAUUUUUCUUUACGAAAAAGAGUUCCAAAGCUCGUUUGUGUGUAUAGUAGGACUGAACAAAUGAGUAAAAAUGUGUUGAUGUUGUUGGGAGCCAGGGCGUUCCGUGUGGAAGAAGAGGAAAGAAAGUGGAAUGGGAGAGAAAAUUAUUGGACUGAAUUAGAGGUAUCAGUUAAUUCGUAUAUAUUUUCUAGCUCUAAAAACGCCUAGAAGCAAUGUCACGUCAUAGGCAAUGAGUUCACCUAGGGCUCAAUCCUAGUUUUAAACGUCAGUUCCCACUAAAAUGAACUUAGAUAAAGCUGAUUCCAGGGCUGGGCAGAGAAAGCACAGGGUGAAUCUGGACCAUCUUUUGCCAAAAAGUACAGACGUGCUGCAAAACUGAUGGGGACACAGCAAGAGGACAUAGAUGCUGGUCUGAAGAGGCUCCACUGACCGCUUGUGGGGCAAUUUGAUCAUUAAAGUAAGAAUGACAAGAAUUGCUCAACAAGCAAAUUUACCAAGUGUGCUGAGAGUUAAGUUUCUCAGUCAGAGAAAGGAAAUACAGAAAAUACGAAAGAGGGAAGGAGAGAAUGAAAGACUAACUCUGUGAACUCGUGGUUUUUUAUUUUGUAUAGGUACAUGGAACACAUGUGAUAGGUAGGUAGCUGAUAGAUAGAUGGCUAGACAGACAGAUGGACAAUGUGUGCAUCCAUAUGAUUCCUAGCUCUGUCUGUUGUGAGGGCUUAGAAGCAGUAAUGCCCCUCUACCAGUGAGCACUCCCGGCACCCAGAAUGUGGUUUUUAGUCCUGUUUCCCACUAAAAGGAACCAAGGCUCUUUGGAGAAAUGACGGACUCCAGGGCUGGGCCUGGGAAAAUACAAGAUGGGUGUGAUAUUCUCUUUUAUAAUAAGAAAUAUAUAUUUGGUCUUCAACCUAAAUUCUGGAACAGAGCUCCUAAAACCUUUGGAAUUUCCUAAUGUGAUGAGAGUGUAUUUUGAUAUUCAUAACAAGCCCCUUUCAAUCACAAUGAGUUUAAGUCAACCCCUUAACUUCUGAAAAGUCCCAAGGAUGGAGCUGCUUGCCAGGAGAACCAACUAUGUGAUUAGGAGGUUGUAGUUUAGCCCCACCCCCUACCCCUGACCUCAGGGAGGGGAGAGGGGCUGGAGAUUGAGUGCAGUCUCUGAUGGCCAACGAUUUAAUCAGUCACACCUAUGUAAUGAAGCAUCUGUAAAACCCAAAAGGACUGGAUUCAAAGAGCUUCCGGGCUUGUGACCACUUGCAGACAGAGAGGUGUUCAGAGAAAGCAAGGAAGCUCUGCGCCCAUUCCCAUAGGCCUCGCCCUGUGCAACUCUUCCAUCUGGCUGUUCCUGAGUUAUAUCCUUUUAUAAUAAACCAGUAAUCUAGUCAGUCAACUGUUUUCCUGAGUUCUGUGAGCUGCUCUAGCAAAUUAAUUGAACCCAAGGAGGGGGUUGUGGGAACCUCCGUUUUAUAGCACAUCGGUCAAAAGCACAGGUAACAACCUGGACUUGCAAUUGGUGUGUGCAGUGGAGGGCAUUCUUGUAGGAUUCAGCCCUUAACCUGUGAGAGCUGACACGAUCUCUAGAUAGAUAGUGUCAGAAUUAAGUUAAUAGCUUGGUGGUGUUGGAAAAAACAUGCCAGAAUGAGUCUCAAACAUCUUGUACCAGAAAGUGAGGAAGCAUUCCAAGAAUGAUGGGGAGAUGUCAGUUGCACAGAAAAUCAGCUUGAAAGAACUCCCACUGGCCAAAGAUCAACAUCAAGGCAAUCAAUGGCAGUUAUGGAUUAAAUAAAAUAGGAAUCCAAGAGGAUCUGUAUCUAUACUGAUAUACAUAAAUAAAUGAAUGAAUAAAUGAGGGAGAAGAGAAAGUUCUAGCCUACAGCAGAAGUCUCAAAUAUCUCCCCACACACUACUAAUUACUUACUUAUUGAUUUAGAAGUACAAAACACUUAAUCAACUUUACAGUGGAGGAGCCUGGCAGACACUGUAUUAACCAAGUGACAAAAGUUAACAUUACCAUAUUUGACCUAAGUUUACACUGCGUGCCUCCUGACACAAUGCAGUGAAAAGAAUACAAGAGCAUCACUUUUGAGGUAUUCCUACCCCGCAAAAUUAAUACGUCAUUAGGAAACAUCAAACUGGCUGAUACUCCUCAAAAAUGUCAAGGUCAUAGAAGAUAAGGCAAGAUUAAGGAAUUGUUUCAGAUUGAAGGGGACAAAAGGGACAUGACGUGUAAUGUCCUAGGUGACCUGGAUGGUAUCCUAGACCUGUAAAAGACAUUAUUUGGAGAAGAAGAGACAUUUUGAAAAAUGGCUGUGGAUCAGAUAGUAAUAUGGGAUAAAUGCUAACUUCCUGGUUUUGAUGUAGGAGAAUAUCCUUAUUUUAAGAAAAUAUACACUUAGGUAUUAAGGAGUAAUGGGACCCGAUGUUUGUACCUUAUUUUCAAAUGGUUCAUUCAAAAAUAUACUAAUGUACAAAGAGAAUGAUAAAGGAGUGCAGUAGUGUCUGGAAAAUGUUUAAUAACUGGCUUUCUGGGUAAAAGAAAAUCUGUAGCAUUUGCUGAUUUCCAUGGUGUAAGUAGUCCCGCUGUGGCUGAGUGCAGGCUGCCGAUGUGACAUCACUGGUGGAGCUGGAGAGAGAAGCACGGUCUGCUCUCGCGAGACACCAGCUCCGGCACAGGAUUGGUUUUACGCAAUUCCACAUAAGGCAUUUGGCCAUCUAUUGUCAUUUGUUUCUCUAACAAAUCAACUAAGUGCAUUUUUGAACUUAUGAAAAUAUGCUCAGUUACCUCUUAUGAUAAAAUUACAGCCUUAUUAACAUACCAUGUGUGAUAUUCAGAAAAAGGAAGUUUUAUUUUCUGUAAUUUGCAUUAGUGUGCAAAUAUUUUGGGAUCCUACUGACAAAUGUUUUUGUGAUAACAUUAAAAAUAUAUUCCUUGA